AUGGGUAUCUCAAGAGACUCUCGCCACAAGAGAAGAGCUACAGGUGGACGUAUGCCAGUUCACUAGAAGAAAAGAAAGUUCGAAAUGGGCAGAUAACCAGCUAUGACCAAGAUGGGUGCCAAGGAUGUCCGCCCCGUCAGAGGUAGAGGAGGCAACUACAAGUAUCGUGCUCUGAGAAUCGAUCAAGGUAACUUUGUUUGGCAAUCUGAGCAAUUCGCUUCAAAGACCAGAGUCUUGGACGUCGUGUACAACGCCACCAACAACGAGCUCGUCAGAACUAAGACCAUUGUUAAGAACUCCAUCGUUCAAGUCGACGCCACCCCUUUCAGGAAAUUCUAUCAUGAGCACUAUGAUGUUGAGCUCGGAAAGAAAAAGGUUGCUGUCGCUGGUCAAGAGGCUGAAAAGGCCGUUGAGGAGAAAAAGAAGAGCAGACACAUCCAAGUCGUCCUUAAGAAGAGACAAGCAACCAGAGUCCUCGACUCCCACGUCUCUGAACAGUUCAAUGCUGGAAGACUUUUGGCAUGCAUUGUCUCAAGACCAGGUCAGUCAGGAAGAGCUGAUGGUUACAUCCUUGAGGGCAAAGAACUCGAGUUCUACAUCAAGAAGAUGGAGAAGAAGAAGAAAUGA